UGUAACUGAUACAAAAGUAAAAUUUAGUCAGCAGUUUUAAACUUCCGGUUUGCUGGUAACACGUCAGGGAAAAGAUUUUGUUGCAUGUUUUCGACAUUGAUCUAAAAAUCAAACAUGGCUUCAAACGAUAUUGGCGAUUGGUAUAGGGGGAUUCCCUUUUUGACAAAGUAUUGGUUUACUGGAUCCGUAGUGGUGCCAAUAUUGGCCCGAUUUGGCAUCUUGAAUCCGAUGUGGCUAUUUCUGCAUUUUGAGUCAGUUGUGUAUAAAUUUCAGUUUUGGAGACCCUUAACAUCUGUGCUGUUCUAUCCUAUAUCGGGAGGAAAUGGAUUUCAUUACCUAAUAAAUCUAUAUUUCUUAUAUUCGUACUCAACACGCUUGGAGACAGGUAUCUUCGAUGGAAAGCCUGCAGAAUACCUCUUCAUGCUGCUCUUCAACUGGUUAUCUUUGGUUAUAAUUGGACUUAUUGGUGAGAUCUUUUUGUUGAUGGACCCCAUGGUCCUAAGUGUUCUGUAUGUGUGGUGUCAGCUUAACAAGGACACAGUUGUACAAUUCUGGUUUGGAACACAGUUUAAGGCGAUGUACCUACCUUGGGUUCUGCUGGCUUUCAACAUGAUCCUAGGACAAGGGGGAAUCUCAGAGCUGCUCGGAAUCCUUGUUGGACACCUGUAUUUCUUUUUAAUGUUUAAAUAUCCUCAAGACUUUGGAGGAGCACGUUUUCUCACUGUACCAAGCAUAUUGUUCAAGUAUUUCCCGAACAGACGUGGAGGUGUAUCUGGGUUUGGAAUGGCACCAUCUAGUAGAAGACAACAACAAGACGAGGGCAAUCACGACAAUCACAAUUGGGGGCAGGGCAAUCACUUGAACUAGUCCUGAAACCAGCCUUCAAAGUCACAAUAUAAACAGAUGCCUCUUCUUCAUCACUAUUUAUAAAAUACGAAAUAAUUCCCCAUUUUCAUGAACAUUCCUUAAUCUAAGGUAGAUACUUAAGAUUUUCUAUAGGAAAGCAUGACUAAAGUUGCCUUAAAUUUUAGAACAAUUCUUUACUACAGAAAAGCUUCCUUAAGUGUAGGAAUGUCUGUGAAAAUAGGGACUGGCAGCUCGAUGCUUGCCUGCGGAAAAGCUUCAGUUAACGGAAUUUCUUUAAAAUCAAGAUUAUCCUUGAGCGUGGGGCCAGAUACUUUGUUGCAACUUGAAGUGUUCCCCACUAUAGGACAAACCUAUGGCAUAUAUCAUAUCAUUGAAAAAUGAUAUUUUUUUUUUCUAUAGUUUGAAUAGAGAUUAUUCCAUGUAUAUUUAUAUUGUCGGUGUUUGAGAAUUUGACAAGUGAAUUUUGAUUUACUGCAGAUUUGUGACAAUUUGACGCAUUGAUUGUUUCAAGGAGGUUACCACAAAUACUGCCAAGCCAAGCCGUUGGUCGCCUUAAGGGUUCCUGUGACCACAGAUCGUAAUUCACAGUUUUGGUAUUCGCUAAUCACCUGGAAGGUUCGUGCGACCAUAUACCUUACUUGAUUGUUUUUGUAGCCAUUGGUCACCCGAAAGGUUGGUGAAACCAGGGACUGUUCUGGGUACAUUACUGACAUACUGUUGAUGGGAUAUUUUGGUGUCGGCAUAAUGUAUACCUGCGGUUUUUCACAUUGUUCAAAUU